AUGCCAAGAUUGAAUAUCUUACUCUUUGGCAUACUAUUCAUAUUCUUUGGUGAAGUCCAUUGGGUGAGAAGUGCAACAAAUUGUGCAGAAGCUGGAUUUUGUUGCCCUGGUUUGAACAGUGGAUGUAACGCUCGAGGACCUUACCUCUAUCGUCCUGACCAGGGUCAUUGUUACUGUGACGAAGAGUGUCUUAGAAUAAAAGAUUGCUGUGCCGACUACAUCAAGCACUGCACAGAUCGAUACAAAUGUGAUGAGACAAGAUGUAAAAAUGGAGGGACAUGUCAUGAGAACCUCACUGGAUUUACCUGUACAUGUCCACCUGGAUUUAAAGGAAGCACGUGUGAAGAAGAUAUUAACGAAUGCAUGAGCGGUCCGUGCGAUAAUCAAGGCACGUGCGUGAAUACCCCUGGUUCUUAUCAUUGUGUAUGCAAUAGCGGAUGGACUUCAAAGCAAUGUGACCUUGAUAUCAAUGAAUGCGAUAAGUCUCCAUUUCCAUGCCAUAAUGGAAACUGUACAAAUACCCCGGGAUCUUUUACAUGCAAAUGCAAUAUUGGCUGGGAGCCUCCAAAUUGUGCUCAAGACACUGACGAAUGUGUAAGAGACCCGUCCGUUUGCUGUGAUGGAGGAACAUGUAUAAACUCACAGGGGUCUUUCUCUUGUAACUGUUCUAAUGGAUGGUUUGGAGCUGCUUGUGAAAAAGAUGUGGAUGAAUGCAUUGGGAGUCCGUGUGAUAACAACGGAACAUGCUUCAACACGCCUGGCAGCUACGAUUGUCAAUGUAGAACAGGAUAUGUUGGCCCAUCGUGUGAAAGUGGUUAA